AUAUCACACUUUACUUACUUUUUUUUGUGUGUACUUUUGUUUUCAUGUGUACUUUUUUUCCAGGAAUAAAGGAGUUUUUAGUUUUUCAACAUUAAUGUUGAAGUCAAAUUGUGCAGUUCCUUUUAAUGCCAGAUUUGUUCUGAUAGAUACUCAAGUUGGUAAAUGAAGCUGAAAGUUUUUUAAAAGCAUGAAAUCAAAAUUAAUUUUUUUUGCAUCUCGUGGGGCUUGUAUAUUAUCUAAAAAUCAAUUUUACAUUUCACAAAGAUUUAUUAGUUAUAAUGCUCUUAAAAGUGACAUUUACAAUAGCAAAAAGAUAACUUCAAGUUUAGCUGCAAAUAACUUUGUUACGAACUUAUGUCAUGAUGAACGUGAACAUUUGAAAAAAGCUCUUUUAAAUAUUGAACAGAAGAACAGUUUAGAAAAAGAGGCAACACCUGAACCUUCACCAUCUUGGAAACAGCUUCAACUGGUGGCCAUCAGUAAUGGGAUUCCAUUUAUUGGAUUUGGAUUCAUAGAUAACUCCAUUAUGAUUUUAGCAGGAGAAUAUAUUGACUUAAAACUUGGUGUAAUAUUUGGUAUGUCUACAAUGACAGCUGCUGCUAUUGGCAAUAUGGUAUCUGAUGUAUCUGGAAUUAUUUUAGCUGGCUACAUAGAAGCUGUAGCUCUACGAUUUGGAAUAGUGGCACCAACUUUGACCGCAAUUCAGAACUCAAUGAAACAAACAAAGAUAACAAUAUAUGCAGGCCGAAUGGUAGGCGUCAUUCUUGGGUGCAUUUUGGGAAUGUUUCCACUUCUUUUUAAGUCUCACGACCAGAUAAAGGAUUCGUAAACAACAUGCUGUGGACGGCGAAUUACGUGAAAUUAAAACACGCAUUGAAUUUGAUUGACUUGAAAUGUUGUUUUUAGAAAAAGAAUUUACUACUUUUAAAUUACCAUAGAUAGGUUGAGCAUAAAGCUCAUUAAAAUUUUUUUAAUUGUACAAAAAUUUUAUUUUUUAUUUAUUAAAUUUUUAGAUUAAAUGAUUGUUUCAGGAUUUCCAUUUUUUAGAUCAUGUAUUAUAUUUUGUUCACAUGCCUUUAUUCUGUUGUUCUUGCUGAUACCUUAAAUAGUCUUAAAUUACCGAUUUCAUUAAAAAGUUUUGUUCUCGCGCCUUUAUCGAAAAGUUUUUUUGCGAAUGAUAUGCUUUUUUAAUUAAAUUUUAGUUUGCUAAUAUUACAGAAGAGUUGCCUAAAAAUUCAUAUAUAUUAUAUAGAUAUUUUAUAUAUAUAUAAUGUUGACAUCAUGUAUGAGAGUAUAAACAUUAAAAAAGAAGGUUAGUUUUUA